CCGUCGGCCUAUAUAAAAGCCUCCGCCAUUGGUGGUCGUCCUGGUCGCGAGAGAGAACAGAACGGGAUUCCAUGCACACCCGUCGUUAACGACGUUACGACGUACCGAAAAAGAAAGAAGUAGAAAUAGAGAAAGAGAAAAGAAAAAGGCGCCGGUCGUUAUUAAAGCCCGAUUUAUCCCGAGGGGUCCUGUCGUCGCGCGGAUGAGAGAUUAAAUUAAAUCAGUGUUUUUUUUUUUGCACGAUAUUACACAGCCAUCAGUUUUGUUCGACCAAUUCGAACGCAAUGGCAUCGCCACGGUGGAUGCUGACACUGCUGAUCUUGGGGACCAGUGCCUGGAUCGUUGCUGCGGCUCGGCAACCACCCCAUAACGAGUUAUUCAGGAACGCUCUGGACACCGUCGUGCGCAAGCAGAGAUCCCUAGAUCCUGCGGACUCGCCGGAAUACUACAACGAUCUGCACUCGUUCAAGUACCACGGUGGUGACGCCGAUCGCAAAUUCGACCGCGACUUCGAGGACGACGAAGAGAUCGAGUUCCUGCCUGAUAAUGGUCAGCUGGAAAUGGUUGGAGACGGUCUUCAAGGUCUGAACAAUAAGCUACUCGAAAGGGCGCUGCUUGAUUAUUUGCAGACUCUGCCUGAACAGGAAGAACCAGUAGCCUCGAUUUUCCGCGAGCGUGAGCGAAGUGGUAGCCGCAAACGGGGUGGCGCCGGUAACCGGAUGAAAGGGUUAAACGAUAAGGAUCUGAAGUUGUUCGUGGAAGAACUGCAGGACAGUUCUCCAUACAGUUCGCUCGUAGAGAUGGACGAUGAUGAUUUAAUGGCUUACAAACGAUACUUUGAUCCCUCUCCGAUUACCGAUGCGUACAAAAAUUCAGAAGAUGAAUACAAGAGGGACAGAGAAUACGAAAAGCUACUGAACAGAAUGAUGAAGGAUGGCAACAACGAAGUGGAGCAUUCCGAUCCGGAACAGGACAUUCUGUAUUUCCCGAUGGCGGAACGCAGAAACGUGAACGGUCGAUAUCCCAUCGGCCGUGACUACGACAGCUAUCGCAAGCUGAAUAAGCGCUAUCCGGUCGCUAAGAGAAGCCCCAGGCCCACUCAAACUAGAAUAAAGGCCACAGAUCCUAAGGUUGUUCAAGACCUGAGAGCCAUAUUUGGCACGCAGUCCACGGAUUCGCACAACCACACUCGUAAAUCCGAUCACGAACACGAUCACGAUCACGAACGCAAGCACGAGUCCGAUCAGAAUCACGAUCACGAACACAAGCACGAGUCCGAUCAGGAUCAGGAUCACGAUCACGAUCAUGAUCACGAUCACGAUCACGAUCACGAUCACGAUCACGAUCACGAACACGAGCACGAAGGCAAGUCGGAAACGUCGCCGAAAGUAACGCCGUCCCCGAUGGGCCAGAAGGAGAACGUUAUCAAAAACGUAACCAAGUCGAAAUUCGUCCAGGUGAGGAAAAAGAGCGUGGACUGGUCGCAAUAUUUCGGCAUUGAUCGGAGGAAGAAGAAGGCCACCUUCACAGCCGGACAGGACACGCAGAAUCAGGAUGACGAGUGGAUGCUGCAGCGCUACUACGAGAAUAUGGCCGAAAAUUUGAAGUCAAGAGAUGAUGAGAACGAACAGAAGGACAAACUCGAGCAGAUGGACUCGAAAUUGAAGUAUAUUAAAGACAUGAUUCUUGAACAAGCUAUGAGAUAUGCCAAUUCGGAGGAUGAAGCGGAUCUGCAGAAAGUGAAGGAUAAGUUAAUAUCACGAUUGGCAGCGGCUUACUCGUUGCAGAAGAUGCGAAAAGCAUUGAAUGAUCUUCGAAAUAACGUCGCGGUUCAGAAAGAGGCGCAGAGGACGCAAAAAGAGACACAGAACAAUUUUACGUCUAACUUUCGCGAAAAUAGCAACAAUCCGAAUAGCGCUAGCGGCGGUAGAAUCGAUGAAAAACGGAACAGCAUCAGUAAUAAUAUAGACGAUGGCGAACCUAUCGAGGAGCCGAGAAGCUGUCCGGAAUUAGAAGCCAUCGAGUGGCGAUGCCGAACCGUCGACAACCUGGCCGGCGACACGUCUCGGAUGCUCUACGUGCCCUGUGUGAAACUACAGAUUUGCAAGGCUUGCGCGCAGGACGAGGAGGGGCUGUUACCCUGCCUCGCGAACUACGCCCUGGAGGCCGGCAAGGUGUGCGACACGUUGGAGUCCAGGGACGGUCAAUCCCGGAUGGCGGCGAUGCGCGAGGGUGAGAGGCAGUCGUGCGCGAACGCCGCGUUGCUGCUGUCGCAGCUGCAGCCGCCCGCGGCGGCGACCGCGCAGUGCCGCGCGCGGAACGUCCGCGACUCGUGUCUGCGGCGUUACCACGCGCGAUACGAGCACCGCUACUUCCGCACGUCGCCGGCGUACGAGAGGACCGGACAUCGUCUUCCCCAUCACGAGGGCGCCCUCGACGCGCUCCAGCAAACCAUGUCCGAACGAUAAGGCGACCAGACGAACGCGAGGAAGCUCCGCGGUUCGGCCGCGCGACGAACAUCGGCGGCGGAUCGCCAAUUAUCCGGACAUCGGAUCGUCGUCUGAGCAGUCCGAGUCCCCCUGACCGUCUCCCCCUCCCCACCCUCCCCUCCCCCGACAUCCCCGAUCGAAUGAAGAUUUUCAUCGGUUUAUGAAGUCGAAACUGUGUCGCCAUCG